GGUCGUGAUGAUGGAAUGGAAAUUCUAUAUGGUCAACGUACGAAAUAGCUAUGAGACCCGCCACCAUGGAGGAUUCAAUAAAUGGACGGUUCUUCCCUUUCAAUAUUUCUCAAUUCAUUCAUUGCUUGCUUCUUCCACUUGAUAAUUAUCCUAAUCCUAGCUAAUUAAUUCUUGCGAUGAUGAACGGUAGUUGUGCAAAUGCUUCAAAUCCUUACCAUCAAUGCACUCAAGCUUGCUCCCAAAAGACAAAGGGAACCAAAACACAUCAUGCUCCUACUGCUGCUGUUACUGCAAGUAAUAGUAAUAGUAAUAAUAGAAAGGUGAUUAAUGGAGGUGAAAGACGUACUUAUGCUUCUUCUUCUUCUUCUUGUCCUAAAUCAUCCAAUCCUUAUCAUAAGUGUGAUGCCAAUUGCAACAAUUCAGGUGCCACUCCUCAUUCCAAGAUUGAUCAUAGGAAGAAGGUAGGUUCUAAGCCACAACCUCCUGUUCUUCACAGUGUUCCACCAACAAAACUUGUGGCAACCAAAAACGAUGAGAUCAUUCCUACUUCUGGCCCAAUUUCUGCUCAAUUACACAUUCCAGAUGUUAUGCAGCCUAAAGAUCAAGUUAAGGAUGGUGCUACUGAGGUCAAAGUCGCUGCUUCUCAUGAAAUCGUUCCAGUAACCAAUUCCAAUGAAACUCAUGAAGGUGGUUCCAAAGAUUUUAGUUUCUCUGGUAAUCCCCUUCCUCUCCACAACAAAGAAAUAGAUACUAGUAGCGAAGGAGAGGCAGAUAGUGUCAGUGUUGUAUCUGAAUCCCGUGUUUCAAUUGGAAAAUACAAUGUGAAAGAAAGUUUUGGUUCCAUCCUACAAACAAUAGUUGACAAGUAUGGUGAUAUAGGGGCAAGCUGUGAUUUGGAAUCAGUUGUAAUGAGAUCAUAUUACAUGGAGUGUGUAUGUUUUGUGGUCCAAGAAUUACAAUCUUCUUCUGAUUCAAUAAGUAAGUCCAAAGUGAGUGAAUUGUUGGAUAUUGUUAAGGAUGUUGAAUCUGCUCAUCUUCGUGUUGCAUGGUUGCAUAACACACUCGAUGAAAUUGUUGAAAAUAUUGAAUUGAUUAGUCACCAUCAGGAUAUGGAAAUGGAAAAGGCUAACUAUGAUCGUGAAAUGGAAUCAUUGAGAGAACAGCUAGAAUCAGAGUUGGAAACAUUGGCUCAGAAAGAACAAGAGGUUGCUGAUAUUAAUAUCCGAAUUCCCGAAAUCAGAGAUCGUUUGAGCGAGCUUGAGCAGCUCAUGUCUUCAGGAUUAGUAGAUGAUCAAACCACGCUACCAAUCAAGUCAAAGAUAGAUCAACUAUUAUAAUAACCAAACUUGCAUUUCUUUUUUUUUUUUUUCUUCCUGUUUUUGUUUGAGGGUUAAGGAAACUGCUUAUCACAUUGUUGCACAAGUGUGAUUGUCAUAGUAUAGUGUUUCUAGAAAGUAGAAUACAUCACACAAUAAAAUUGGAUGCAAGCAACAUAUGCUUAUGUGAUUUCUUUUAGGUUUAAUUAUACUUUUGGCCCCCUAUAUUUUAAGAA